GAAAACACUGACGUCACAUUAUGCGCACGUAGUGAGCGACGUGGGGGGGAUUGAAAAACGUAAACAACCACCGAUUUGUUUGUUCUGUGAAACAAAUGUCGCUGUUUUGAGGAUAAGUAAUUUAUCAAUAUGUUGAAAAGGGUACCCAAGACAACAUUAAAGUCUCUAAUGAAGAAGAAAGCCCACAUUCGUGUAGGCACAGCCGCAGAUGCAAUGGUCGAGCUGAACGUGCUGCUGUUUCUGCAUAGCCUCGCAGAAGAGGCGAGGACCAAAGCUUUUGAGGAGAAAUCUGCGACUAUCAAAGCACACCACGUCAAAGCAGUAUCCAAGAAACUUCUAAAACGAGCCAGAGGGUGAAGUGGAGACACCUUUCUACAACAUGAUUCAACAACCCGAUUUACAAGGCUUUUUUAAAGUCAAAUUUGUCUGAGUUAUAAAUUUAACCUGUAUUUUGUUUUAUUUUCUUUAGUUUGAAUCUUUAGUCUUUACUUUCAGACUGUUCACUAAGCAUUGGCCUGCCGCCAAGACUUCUCCCAAAUUCCUCACCUCUUCACGCUACAUACAUUAUCUGCGUGUCGAGAUGUUAUCUCACUCAUCUUUUAUCACAGGGUUUUCUGAAGCCAUGGCAUUUGACAUGUGUGGUAUGUGUUCACUUUCCUAUCAAAUUGCUCAAGAAGACACUUAUCUGGUAGUAAUCUUAUAGAGCCCUGUAGGUGGUCUGCUGUAGGGAUGUUAAGUUUCUACAUUGUUAUAAUCAGGUUUAUUAUGAGAAUAACAUUGAGGAAAAAAUGCGCUGUAAUUAUACUAAUGGACAGAUGCCUCAAGUUUCUGUUUUUAGUGCUCUGCCUGCGCUCAUCCUCAUGCAUAAUCAUAUUUUGGUGGUUGUUAAACCAACAACCUAAGCCAGUGCAGAAAACCAACAAUCUAAGCCCCCCCCCCCCCUGCUUAUCUCUCUUGCUUUUCCCCCCAGAGAUGAAAGGAUGGGUGACAUCUCACUCAUUUGUUCUAGUCAAUGAACUAAGUAGACCAGACCCGGCGGCUAUCAUGUUGGUGUCUUUGGGAGAGCCACCCCUUAAGUAGACCGGAACUGACAAUUGUUUUCAAUGGUUAACUGCCUGUGUAAGACAUCUUCAUUUAUCCAGGACCCCCCCCCCCCCCCCCCACACAGCUGGGUUGAUUUGCCGCCUCCUCUAGCGAUUUGUUUUCCUCUGAAUCUGAUCUGGCGUUCCAGUGAUGUAGGGGGGUUUCUGGGUGUGGAACCCCACCCCUCUGACCCCGACAGUCCCAUUGUCUGCCCGUGACAGCCCACCCACCCGCGUGCUACCUAGCCUUACUGUCACUGACCCACAGAUUCACAUGGCUCCCCUUACUGUCAUCAGCUCCUGCAUGCUGCUCCAGUAAGACACUUACAGCAGAGCAGCUCAUGUUCAGGGUCCAGAUGCAGAUGUAGGGUAAAAAAACAAAACAGAUGUGAUGUUCAGUGGGAACUGGAAAGGCAAAAACAUGAUUUUCCCAACACUGCAUGAAAGCAUAUUUAUACAGCUAGAAGAGGGUUCUGUUUGGUCUUAAUAUCAGUGUUAUCUUGUCUUUGAGGGAACAACGUGAACAUUUCUGUAAUUUCACUGGGGAAAUAAAGUAGUAAUUUUCUUUUAAUGUAAAAAUGUGUGUGUGUGUGUAUAGGAGAACCUGUUUUCAAUUUGGUCUUCGACUCAUCCAGCUCCAGUCUAGCAGCGUCUUUGGCUUUUGUCUCAACAGAUAAAUCCGCUGCAACGUCAACCCCAUGAAUGCUCCCUCUGAUACCAUUUUUUUACAUUUUUUCCAGAAACCAGAAGUAGAACUUUAGAUGAGAUGUUAUUAAUCUCCAUCCUCCCCUGCUGAAAAGCACAUUCAAAAAAAGCACUAUGGUGUCCAUCUAGCUACCAACAGACAAUAAAUACAUUGUGUUGUUCAGAUGAGCUCUAGGUGAAGUAAACAGGAUAUUAGCUGAUAGUCAUAAAAAAAUUAAGAGUUUCUGAGAGAGAGAGAGAGAGAGAACACUUCUUCUAUGUAAAAGACACAAAGGCAAGUCUGUCGGGUGGUUUUUGCAUCGGUUUGUGGUUCCCAGGCCAUAAUGUAAACUGGGAUUCCAAACAAUUAUCCCUUUGGAAGUGUGUGUGGCUUUUGCCUGUUACCCAUAGCGAACAGAAGUGGCAAUGGUUGAUGCUUUCUGACACCUUCCUGUCUAUCUUUGUUUUGUUUUCUUGUCGGACGUUAGAAAGUCGCUCUGUAUUUGAGAGUUUGGUUUUAGUUUUCUGGUAACAUUCACUUCUGAGUUAAUCUGAAACACAGUCUCAGCAUAGUUUUGGGGCAUAAACUUCAGGGAAAAGUCGUCAAGCUUUCAGUCAGCAAUGUAUUGUCGGAAAUGUAGAUACAAGGGGAAUCCGGCUUCUUUUUGAAGUUUAUAUUUUUUCACUCAAUCCAAGCUGCCAGGGUGACAUUGACAGAGUGCCCGGUGUAAAAUCUGUGAGGUGACUCACAAGUGCACUUAUGCUCCUCUGUUUUAAAUGAAACCAAAUGCACUGACAUAUUUCUUACACAUAGUCACCCAGUCAUCCUCUUUUCAUUAGAAUGGGGGAAGACAUGUGGCUGUGGAAUGAUGAAGGUAUCUAUGCAGAUGAGGAGAAUCCCAAGUAGGUGAAGCAGACUCAACAGGACAAUACAAGUUAAUAGGUCUACUUGAAGUGCUUACUUUAAUGACAACUUUUGCAUUGAGAACAGGUGUAUGUGUGUGAGAAAAUGAGUUUGUGAGUGAGACAGAGAGGGGGAGAAAGCAAACUCGCUGCUAACCCAAAACCUUGCAUUAGGUUUGAGGUGCGACUAUCAUGAUGUUCUGAGAUGUUUUCAUUCCUUAUGGAUUCUGACGGCAUGGGUGAUUUCAUGGAAUUUUUCUUGGAUUUUUCUUCUGGAAAACAGAUUUGUUCUCUAGCGUGCAUACUGGGGUUGGGACCAUUGUGGAUGAUGUUCUUUUAACACAAUUCUGGGGGGAAAAUAUUUUUCAGUUAUUUUAUUUACAUCAAAAGGUGACUUAGCUGUUGGACAAAGAACCUUAAUUCCAAAGAGGGUAAAAAUGCUAAUUUGGGUACCAUUUCUGAUUUGGAUUCUGCACUUCAUGGAUCUUAUUAACGGACAAUAUUUCUCAAGACAUCCACGACACAGACGUAAGUAGUCAACCGACACAUUUUGAUGUGACCGGAUUGAAAUGCGGACACCUGUUCUGCGUAAUUAUACGCACAUUCAACUCCUCUUCAUACAUGUGUAAAAGCAUGGACAUUACUAUGUGGGUGCAGUAAAUUAUACUUUCGGGGAACAAUGCGGUCAUAUAUUUUCAUGGUUUAUACGCGUUGGCUUACUAUGUGAACCAUACAACACAUUGUAAAGUUUGGCUGAGGGUUUGAUAAACCUCCUGUUUCUAUUCUUGGAACAUUAAUGUGCCAGGGAUAGUAAGUCACUACUCAGGUUUAUGAGAUUGGCUGUAUACAUUGAGUAGAGAGCAUAAUGAUUUGUGAUAAUGUAGUUCUUCCAAAAAAGACUGAAGUUGUAUGGGAUUCAAGUUUGACCAAAUUUCACAUGCACGUGCUCAAGACAUGUAACUGAAUCCUCUCUUAUCAAGGAACACAUACACACGUGUGUGAGUGAAAGAACGAGAGAGACAGACACACACAGCCAUAACACCAGCUCUUCUCUCCAGGUAGCUUAGUGGUGAGCAGGUUGUGUCAUGCUGGCUGCCUGACAUGCUCAGCGUUAAACGGCUGCCUGUCCUGUAAGCCCCGCCUCUUCUUCCAUUUGAAGCAUGAUGGGAUGCGGGAGAGGGGGACCUGUCUGCUAUCCUGCCCCAGAGGUCACUAUGGGACACGCUCCCCACAUGUCAACACCUGCACCAAGUGCAGGGAGGACUGUGUUUCCUGCUUCAACAGGAACUUCUGCACUCACUGUCACCAGGGCCACUACCUGUACAGAGGGAGGUGUGAGAACAGCUGCCCCGAGGGCCUGACCCCAAACACUGCACUAAGAGAGUGCAAUGAUUGUCUAGUGGGCUGUGAGGUGUGUGUGACAAGGAACACCUGCACCAGCUGUAGAGCAGGACUGUACCUCCUGCAUGGCCAGUGCCAUCAUACCUGCCCAGGGGGGUUUGAGCCUGAUGGACAGCUCAUGGAGUGCAUUUCUCAAGUACACUGUAAGGUGGGAGAAUGGGGAGACUGGAGCCUCUGCUUUCGGAGAGGGAGGGACUACAGGAAUUUUGUGGAGGUACGAAGACGAGAGGUCCUACGGCACCCCACCCUGUACGGCGACCCCUGCCCCAAAGUCAAAGAGUGGAGGAAAUGUGUCAUCAAAAGGAGACUGAGUCCAGGAAGAUCAAAUGGCAAAGGCAUUAGGCCAACAGAACAUUGAUGCAAGAUCAUUGGUGGGAGCAAAAUAAUAGCAAGUGGCAGAUGUGAUCCAAAACAGGAUGGAAGGACAGGAGGACUGGAUUAACUGGUUUGAAAGAGAGACCUCCAUUGCCUGAACCUCAGUCGUUUCUGUAGUCAGGAACAGUGUGCAACAAUUUAUUCCUCUAUGUUUGUGACCAGCUGUUGACCUGCCUUGGUUGAGAGACCUUGGAGAAGAUAACAUUAUCAUCUGCUCUAGAAUUUUGUGUUCAAUUUUUUUUUUGCUCAUUACGACAUGUCACCCACACGAUCCAUUCCAGGAAAAGGUCAUUAACUUGAUAUGGACUGAAUUGAGCAGUGUUCAAAAAGCAAAGUGUGUUAUUCUAAUUCGUUUUUUUUUGUUUCUAUUAUGAUGGUGGCUAGCCCACUUGUUCUACAUGUGUAGCAUUUCUCUGUAUAGCAAGUCAAAUUGAAACUAUUGAUUCCUUUUCAUGAUUGCAAUCAUUGUUAUAGACCUACAUAAAAUGUUUGUGUAGGAGAUUUUAUAGUAAAUUACAGUAUAUUGUCUUCACAAACAUGAAAAAUGAAAAUGAAUGAAAAAUGAACCAAAAAACGUUAUUAGGUGGAAAGCCUACUCCAAAGAUGUCUAUAGCUAGCUAAAUAAAACACAUUCUAUACAAUAUG